CAUGCGCAGUGGCGCCCACGCGCCCACGCCGCCUCGGAGGGAUCCCGGGCAUCAUGGCGGAGCCGGAGGUCUCAUCGCAGGCUAGCCGGGCCCCGCAGGCUAGCGCUCCUUCCGUCUCCACAGUGUCUGCAGCCACGGCUCCGCCGGUAGUUGGAGGAGGCGGAGCCGGAGGAAGCAGCAGCGAUCCGGUUCGCCCGGGGUUGAGCCAGCAGCAGCGCGCGAGCCAGCGUAAGGCGCAUGCGCGGAGCUUCCCGCGGGCAAAGAAGCUGGAAAAGCUAGGGGUGUUCUCAGCCUGCAAGGCUAAUGACUCUUGCAAAUGCAAUGGGUGGAAGAACCCAAACCCUCCCACAGCCCCCCGUAUGGACCUGCAGCAGACGGUCACCAACCUCAGCGAGCCCUGCCGUAGCUGUGGGCACACACUAGCUGACCAUGUGUCUCACCUGGAGAAUGUCUCCGAGGAAGAGAUCAAUCGGCUUCUGGGGAUGGUAGUAGAUGUGGAGAACCUUUUCAUGUCAGUGCACAAGGAAGAGGACACAGACACCAAGCAAGUUUAUUUCUACCUGUUUAAGCUCCUAAGGAAAUGCAUCCUACAGAUGAGCCGUCCAGUUGUUGAGGGCUCACUUGGAAGUCCCCCUUUUGAGAAACCAAAUAUUGAACAGGGCGUCUUAAACUUUGUGCAGUACAAGUUCAGCCACCUGCCUCCUAAGGAGCGACAAACCAUGUUUGAGUUGUCCAAGAUGUUCCUUCUGUGCCUAAACUACUGGAAGCUGGAAACGCCGUCUCAGUUCCGCCAGCGCUCACAAAAUGAUGAUGUGGCAACGUACAAGGUUAACUACACCCGGUGGCUGUGCUAUUGCCACGUCCCCCAGAGCUGCGACAGCCUCCCACGCUACGAAACCACCCAAGUGUUUGGACGCAACCUCCUCAAGUCCACUUUCACAGUAACUCGCCGGCAGCUGCUGGAGAAGUUCCGCGUGGAGAAGGACAAGCUUGUACCGGAGAAGCGGACCCUCAUCCUCACCCACUUCCCCAAGUUUCUAUCAAUGCUCGAGGAAGAAAUCUAUGGGGAGAGCUCUCCAAUCUGGGAGGCCGAUUUUACUAUGCCAGCGUCAGAAGGAACCCCACUCGUUCCCCGGCCAGCAAUCAGCACUGUUCCUGCAGCCAGCACUCCCCUCUUCAGCAAAUCUCUGAGCUGCAGUUCCUCCUUGUCUUCCAUUAACCUGGAUGGCAGCUCAUUGGAUUCUGUGCCAGGUGAGAAGAGGAAGCUUCCAGAGAGCCUGACGCUGGAGGAUGCGAAGCGGAUUCGCGUGCUGGGUGAUAUCCCGAUGGAGCUCGUAAACGAAGUGAUGUUGACUAUCACAGAUCCAGCAGCCAUGCUGGGACCUGAGACCAGCCUGCUCUCCGCCAACGCAGCCCGGGAUGAGACGGCCCGCCUAGAGGAGCGCCGCGGCAUCAUCGAAUUCCAUGUCAUCGGCAACUCGCUCUCGCAGAAAUCCAACAAGAAGAUUCUCAUGUGGCUGGUUGGGCUGCAGAACGUAUUUUCGCACCAGCUGCCUCGAAUGCCCAAGGAGUACAUUACCCGUCUGGUUUUUGAUCCCAAACACAAGACUCUGGCACUGAUCAAGGAUGGCCGAGUGAUCGGCGGCAUCUGCUUCCGAAUGUUCCCUACCCAGGGGUUCACAGAGAUUGUCUUCUGUGCUGUGACGUCCAAUGAGCAAGUCAAGGGUUAUGGGACCCACCUGAUGAAUCACCUGAAAGAAUACCACAUCAAGCACAGCAUCCUGUACUUCCUUACCUAUGCUGAUGAAUAUGCCAUUGGCUAUUUCAAGAAGCAGGGCUUCUCCAAAGACAUCAAAGUCCCCAAGAGCCGAUACCUCGGCUAUAUCAAGGACUAUGAGGGAGCCACCUUGAUGGAGUGCGAACUGAAUCCCCGGAUCCCUUACACAGAGCUCUCUCAUAUCAUCAAGAAGCAGAAGGAGAUCAUCAAGAAGUUGAUAGAGAGGAAGCAGGCCCAGAUCCGCAAAGUCUACCCCGGCCUCACUUGCUUCAAGGAAGGUGUUCGGCAUAUCCCUAUCGAAAGCAUACCAGGCAUCCGAGAGACAGGAUGGAAGCCCUUGGGGAAGGAGAAAGGGAAGGAGCUCAGGGAUCCUGACCAGCUGUAUACAACCUUGAAAAACCUCCUAGCACAAAUCAAGACCCAUCCCAGCGCUUGGCCGUUCAUGGAACCGGUGAAGAAAUCUGAGGCUCCUGAUUACUAUGAGAUCAUCCGUUUCCCCAUUGACCUCAAGACGAUGACGGAGCGGCUCAAGAACCGCUACUACGUCACCAAGAAGCUGUUCAUCGCCGACUUGCAGCGCAUAAUCACCAACUGCCGUGAGUACAACCCCCCCGAGAGCGAUUACUGCAAGUGCGCCAACACCCUGGAGAAGUUCUUCUACUUCAAGCUCAAGGAAGGGGGCCUCAUCGACAAGUAGUAGCAUCUGGGCUUAUUCCCCCACACACACACACACUUCCGUCCUUCCAUCUUGUGGGGACUCUCUUCUGGCUUGUGGAGAACAGCUGGCCGCUUCUCUGAUGCCUUCUGCCGCGUCUCACGCACAAACCACAUGUGGGGUUGGCUGGAUAAAAGAGCUUUUCCUUUUACGUGAGGGGGCGUGGGAUGUGCACGGGUGCCACCUCUGUUGCAUGCUUCUCCUUGCCCCUGAACAGACUGGGAUCUGCCAUCGGCCCUCUUGAAUUUCCGAGCCUUAUCACUCCGUCCGUUGGGUCUUCCUUCUUAGAAGAGAGUCGUGUGGGAGUAGUCUGGGAGAUCACCCGAGGAAGAAGAUUCUGAAUCCUUGCAUUAUGCAUCCGAAACAUGUAACGAGGGACGUGAGAAGCCCUCUUCCCCGCCCCGAUUUUUUCUGUAUAUGUCUGUGGGUUUUCUUGUGCUUCCAUGUGUUGGGAGAGUUUUUUCACCUGCUUGCACUUCAUCCUUGCUUUAAGAUCCAGCCAUUUCUUCUUGACGUAUGAAUGUAGAAAAGGAGCACUUGAGGGGUAGAAGAGGACCAGGAGAGUGGGGGAGACUUUAUUACAGACUCGAGCAAUAAAGAGGUUUCUUUCCCCCCCCC